GUUGAACGUAUUCAAACAAUAAUUUAUCAACAAACAACCUCUUAAUUGAUUAAUGCAUUUUUCUAAUGUGAUUUUCUUGAUUGUAAGGAUAUAUUUCUUGCAUCAUGUAAGAUGCUUUAACUGUUAAAAAGACAUGCUGAAAAAACAACUGUGCCUCAUAAGUUCCUUGAAUACACGUAUUUGCAAAUAAAAAUAAUUUCACCGAAAUUAUUCCUUUUUGUAAAAAAAAUACGUGUUAUUUCUGAUGUGCUAGUGAUGAAAAUUAUUCUUUGUACUUAAGUGUUAUGCGGAGUGUAUGCAAUAAAAAUUACCCUUAGCGUGGUAAUUAGAUUGAUGUUAUAAAAUAUUAUCCAUUUUAAUUAACCAAAGAUGACAUUCAUUGUGCGCAGAAAACAGUGAUACCGAAUCCUCUUUAUGCUGGAAAGAAACUAUUAUGUUUUUACUAAAAAGAAAACUUUAUGCAAUGUGUGUAAUGAAGCUUUAACACAAAAAAGGUAUUAAAGUAAAAACUCUCCUGUUCAUAUUGGAAAGAAGCCUCAUAUGCUGUAUGCAAGAUAAAACAGUUUCAUAGACAUCUCAUUUAAAAAUGUGCUAUCCUGUUCACACUAGACGUAAAGUACAUACAUGCUGUAUGUGUGAUAAAACAUUCUCUUGCAAAACUAAUUUAAAAAUGCACUAUCUUGUUCAUACUGGUGAGAAACCUUACACAUGCAUUAUGUGUAAUAAAUCUUUUAAAGAAAGAUCUAAAUUAAAAAGACAUUAUCUUAUUCAUACUGGAGAAAAACCUUAUGAAUGCAGUGUCUGUAAUAAAUCCUUUGCAAGGAGAUAUAAUUUAAAUAUGCACCGUAUUAUUCAUACUGGUGAGAAACCUUACUCAUGCAGUGUAUGCAAUAAAUCAUUCAGUUCUAAAACUUAUCUAAAAGGACAUUAUAUUGUUCAUACUGGAGAGAAACCUUUUUCAUGCAUUAUUUGUGAUAAAACAUUUGCACAGAAAACUAAUUUGAAAGAACACUAUUUUACUCAUACUGGAGAGAAACCUUAUUCAUGCAGUGUGUGUAGUAAAUCUUUUACAAAUAGAUCAAAAUUAAAUCGACAUUGUGUAACUCAUGCUAGAAAGAAGCUUUAUUCAAGUAAAAGUUUUAAAGGAAAAACCUUGCUCAUUUGAUUCUUAAUUUAGUCUAUUUUUUCUUCUUGCAAAGGACAAUUUAAAUUGAAUUGAUUUGCAAUUUACAGUGUGUUUAAAGAUAAAGAAAUUUUUUUUUACUCUUCCUUUGUUAUUUUCUAAUGUAUUUUUUUCACAAAUGGAUUUAAAAAUAUUGUUCUAAAUGUAAUAAAAUCCAGUUUUUUUUUUUAAGUGAUAAAACAUUGCAAUUUUUAUUUUAUUUAUUUUUUUUUUUUGUAAUAGAAAGAGAUACUAAGACUAUUAAUUACUCAAUGAAGCGAAAAUUAAAUGCUUACAAAUGGAGUCUUAUGUAAACAUGAUCGUUCUGAAGCAAAAUGUACUCGCAAUUGCAAUGAAUGUUAUAGAUGUUCCUACAGACCAAUAUUUGUUUGGACCAGAACUUUUUAUCUCCAUGUUCCUGUAAAACAAUUUAUUUCCAUAUCUCAAAAAAAAUAAAAAUAAUUUUUAUUAUCCUGUUAACAUUUUUUGUUUCAUUCUGUAGUCAUGUAUAUACAUAAUUUGCUAUGUAACUUAUUUAUGUUCAAACAAAAUUGUAUUUCAUUAAAAAGACCAUUCAUUUAA